UGGGACUGAUAGAGGCCGGUGGACCCCUUGUCAGCUCCCUUCUCCAGCGGACAAAAUGAAGGAGGACAUUCCACUCGUCCUGAUAGCCAGAGAAGUCCAUUCCAUCAGACGUUGCACAAAAAGCCUUGGCUUAACUUGGUUUGAAGAGUAGCGAAACAUAUUUAACACACUGAAGCACCGCCUCUCGACAAGGAAGCAACGAUUCUGCCAUACAAUCACUGCCCUGCAGCAACUUAUUGUGACUUAGCUUAAGACUGUUAACCACAACGACUGUUUUCCCACUUUUGCCCCUUUCCCUUUAAAAACAUAUUUUUGUAAGAAAUAUUUAUCUAAAUAUAUCUCUACGCAUAUUGCGGAUCAAACUGUGGAUCCCUGCAACAAAGUCUAAGCACCCUAAGAUUUCAGUCUGAUUGAAUUCUCCUCGGACUCUCUCUCGGAUUACCAAUAAGUCAUUUGCAGCUAUGGGUCUUGUAAGUUUUUCUAUCAGGCUGCAAAUGUUCCUCAGCACAUGUCUGGGAUUGGAGUUUUUAGGCACACCAGGUCAGUGGGCACGCUACCUCCGCUGGGACGCCAGCACCCGCGGUGACCUCAGCUUCCAGUUCAAAACAGAGGCCUCCGAGGCGCUGCUGCUGUACUUUGACGAUGGAGGCUACUGUGACUUUCUGCAGCUGUCGGUGGUGGAGGGCCGGCUGCAGCUGCGCUACAGCAUCGACUGCGCCGAGACCACCAUCGUGUCCGACAGGAGGGUGGACGACAGCAGCUGGCACUUCGCCACCCUGAGCAGGUAUAACCUGCGCACCGUGCUGGUGCUGGACGGCCAGGCCAAAGCAGACGAGGUGAAACCACAGCGUCAGUUCAUGAAAAUAGUCAGCGACCUGUUCCUGGGAGGAGUGCCUCAGGAUAUCCGCAACGGUGCACUUACACUGCCUACGGUGCGAAACAUGCAGCCCUUCAGGGGCACAAUUACAGACCUCAAAUACGGCAUCUCACAGCCCCAGUUCCUGGGAAGCCUUAAGGUGCCCCUGGAGUCGGAAGGGUGGUGCACCGUGAACCCGUGCGAGAACGGCGGCACAUGCAUAGUGGUGGACGGAGAACCCAUCUGCGACUGCUCCAAGACCGAAUACAAGGGCCGCUUCUGCAGCGAAGAGGUCAACAGCAAAAUGCCAGGCUUUGCACAUAUGAUGGCAGAACAAGCUAAAAGCAAAGGUACAGCUUUUUCCAACUCUUUCCUUUUCCGCCUGUAUGAAAAGCGACGCCUGCUCUCGAGGGAAGAGAAUGUGGCCACGUUCCGCGGCUCCGAGUACUUCUGCUACGACCUCUCCCAGAACCCCAUCCAGAGCAGCAGCGACGAGAUCACGCUCUCCUUCAAGACGUGGCAGCGCAACGGCCUCAUCCUGCACACCGGCAAGUCGGCCGACUACGUCAACCUGGCGCUGAAGGACGGCGCCGUGUCCCUGGUCAUCAACCUGGGCUCCGGGGCCUUCGAAGCCAUCGUGGAGCCGGUCAACGGGAAGUUCAACGACAACUCGUGGCACGACGUCAAAGUGACGCGCAACCUGCGACAGGUGACAAUAUCAGUGGACGGGAUCCUGACCACCACGGGUUACACCCAGGAGGAUUACACCAUGCUGGGCUCCGACGACUUCUUCUACGUGGGCGGAAGCCCCAGUACAGCCGACCUGCCCGGAUCUCCGGUCAGCAACAACUUCAUGGGCUGUCUCAAGGAGGUGGUGUAUAAAAACAAUGACAUCCGCCUGGAGCUGUCCCGCCUGGCUCGGAUCGUGGACCCCAAGAUGAAGAUCCAAGGCGAGGUGUCUUACAAGUGCGAGAACGUGGCCACCCUGGACCCCAUCUCGUUUGAGACCCCAGAGGCGUACAUCAGCCUCCCCAAGUGGAACACCAAGCGGAUGGGCUCCAUCUCGUUCGACUUCCGCACGACCGAGCCCAACGGCCUCAUCCUCUUCACCCACGGCAAACCCCAGGAGCGCAAGGACGCCGCUCGCAGCCAGAAGAACACCAAGGUGGAUUUCUUCGCCGUGGAGCUGCUGGACGGCAGUCUCUACCUGCUGCUGGACAUGGGUUCAGGCACGAUCAAAGUGAAAGCCACACAGUCGAAGGUGAACGAUGGAGCCUGGUAUCACGUGGACAUCCAGAGAGACGGACGCUCGGGCACCAUCUCCGUAAACAGCAGACGGACUCCGUUCACGGCCAGCGGCGAGAGCGAGAUCCUGGACCUGGAGGGUGACAUGUACCUGGGGGGGCUUCCAAACGACCGCACCAACCUCAUCCUGCCCACCGAGCUCUGGACGGCCAUGCUCAACUACGGCUACGUGGGCUGCAUCCGCGACCUUUUCAUCGACGGCCGAAGCAAAGACAUCCGGCAGAUCGCCGAGGCGCAGAACGGCGCCGGGAUCAAGCCCUCGUGCAAUAAACAGCCGGGCAAGCAGUGCGAGAGCUACCCAUGCAAGAACCGGGGCGUCUGCAAGGAGGGCUGGAAUCGAUUCAUCUGCGACUGCACGGGCACGGGCUACUGGUCACGCACCUGCGAGAGGGAGGCCUCCAUCCUGUCCUACGACGGCAGCAUGUACAUGAAGGUGGUGAUGCCGAACAUCAUGCACACGGAGGCGGAGGACGUCUCCCUGCGCUUCCGUUCCCCGCGGGCGUACGGCCUCCUCAUGGCCACCACCUCCCGAGACUCGGCCGACACGCUGCGGCUGGAGUUGGACGGGAGUCGCGUCAAACUCACGGUCAACCUAGACUGUAUCAGGAUAAACUGUAACUCCAGCAAGGGACCGGAGACCCUGUAUGCCGGGCAAAAGCUCAAUGAUAAUGAAUGGCAUACAGUGCGUGUGGUGCGUCGCGGCAAAACCUACAAGCUAACGGUUGACGAUGAUGUAGCAGAAGGACAAAUGGUGGGCGACCACACCCGUCUGGAGUUCCACAACAUCGAGACGGGCAUCAUGACAGAGCGCCGCUUUGUUUCCAGCAUCCCGUCCAGCUUCAUCGGUCACCUGCAGAGCCUCAGAUUUAAUGGCAUGCUCUACAUUGACCUGUGCAAGAACGGUGACAUUGACUUUUGCGAGCUGAACGCUCGCUUCGGGGUCCGCUCCAUUAUCGCCGACCCCGUCACCUUCAAGUCCAAGAGCAGCUAUCUGAGCCUGGCCACUCUCCAAGCUUACACCUCCAUGCACCUCUUCUUCCAAUUCAAGACCACCUCGGCGGACGGAUUCAUCCUCUUCAACUCCGGAGACGGCAACGAUUUCAUCGCCGUGGAGCUGGUUAAAGGAUACAUCCACUAUGUCUUUGAUCUUGGAAACGGGCCCAAUCUCAUCAAGGGCAAGAGUGAAAGAGCGCUAAACGACAACCAGUGGCACAACGUGGCCAUCACCCGAGACAACAGCAACACCCACACGCUCAAAGUCGACGCCACGGCCACGAGUCAGAGUAUCAAUGGAGCCAAGAACCUGGACCUCAAAGGUGAACUCUUCAUCGCAGGGUUAGGUCCGGGCAUGUAUGGAAACCUGCCGAAGCUGGUGGCUUCCAGAGAAGGCUUCCAGGGCUGUCUGGCCUCUGUGGACCUGAACGGCCGCCUGCCGGAUCUCCUCAAUGACGCCUUGUUUCGCAGCGGGCAGAUUGAGCGCGGAUGUGAAGGCCCCAGCACCACCUGUCAGGAGGACUCCUGCGCCAACAUGGGCAUCUGCAUCCAGCAGUGGGAGAACUACACCUGCGACUGCUCCAUGACCUCCUACACCGGCACGCAGUGCAAUGACCCUGGGACAACGUACAUUUUUGGCAAAGGAGGAGGCCUCAUUACGUACAACUGGCCAGCUAACGAGAGACCGAGCACCAGGACGGACCGGCUGACCGUGGGCUUCAGCACCUCGCUGAAAGAUGGCAUCCUGGUCCGAAUCGACAGCGCGACCGGUUUGGGAGACUACCUCAUGCUGCAUAUACAACAAGGGAAAAUCGGAGUGACGUUCAACAUCGGUACGGUGGACAUCAGCGUGCUUGAGAGCAGCACCCCAGUGAAUGAUGGGAAGUAUCACGUGGUCCGAUUCACCAGGAACGGUGGGAAUGCAACACUGCAGGUGGACAACUGGUCCAUCAAUGAGCACUUCCCAACAGGGAACAGCGACGAACGCUUACAAAUGGCCAAUAAGAAAAUCCCUUUCAAAUAUACCCGACCAGUUGAAGAAUGGCUGCAGGAGAAAGGACGACAGCUCACGAUUUUCAACACCCAAGCGACGGUGACCAUCGGCGGCAGCGACCGCGGGCGGCCGUAUCAGGGUCAGCUGUCGGGCCUGUACUACAACGGCCUCAAAGUGCUGAACAUGGCGGUGGAGGGGAACCCCAACAUCCGGAUCAACGGCAGCGUGAGGCUGGUCGGAGACGUGCCCGGCGCGGGCGGCUCGGCCAGGUCCACCGCCAUGCCCCCGGAGAUGUCCACCACCUUCAUCGAGACCACCACCAUGAUGUCCACCACCACCACGAGGAAGCACAGGUCCUCCUCGACUGUGCAGAAGCAUACAUCGGAUGACAUCGGGUCGUCUGCGGAGUGUUCGAGUGACGACGAAGACCUGGAGGAGUGUGAAAAUGUCCAUGCAGGUGGGCUAGCACUCCCCACAGAGCCAGGCGUCAGGCGAGUUCCAGGGACCUCGGAAGUGGUCCGUGAAUCUAGCAGCACCACCGGGAUGGUCAUCGGAAUAGUGGCGGCCGCCGCCCUGUGCAUCCUCAUCCUUCUGUAUGCCAUGUAUAAGUACAGGAACAGGGAUGAAGGCUCCUACCAGGUGGACGAGAGCAGGAACUACAUAACCAACUCGGCAGUGCAGAGCAACGGCGCUGUCAUGAAGGACAAACAGCAGAGCUUGAAAGGCAGCAACAAGAGACAGAAAAACAAGGAUAAAGAGUACUACGUGUGACUGUGAGACUUUCGUGAACACGAGAGAGCGAAGAGAGAAAGCACUGAGAGAACAUUUCCUUUCCAGUUUCCUCGUGAGGAGCUAUGACAAAUGAUGGUAUAACAUGGAACUUGAAUAAUCUUAUACUGUGCUGAGUAGUUGAACUGAUGAUAUGUACUGUAACAUAAAGCACACUUACUAUUAAGCAUACGCUUAAUGACAAGGUUAAAUAGCAACUUUAGAGACCUUACUCUUCUAUCUGGUCAGAGACAUUAUCAGUAUAGAAAUAUUUCACAGCAUCAUUCUCCGAAGUGACUUUUAGAGCUAUGUGAUCCUUGGCAUUCAACAAUUUUUUGUGAAAUUGUUAAUUACAAAAGGCUCAUAAUCUUCUACAUUUUCAGCAUGUAAGCAACAUGUAGUGCUUAACAAGAGGGGGGUCAGGCACACAAUCAUUGUACGAGUAAAAUGGACUCUUGUAUCAAAGUAUUACAAAUUUCUAUGGUUUAUAAAUAAUAUAAGUGUGGUGUCUUAAUUAUUUUUGCUUUGAGCAAAAGAGGAAAAAAAGACAAAAAGAACAGCAAGAAAAAGAAAAAAAAACUAUUUCUGUGUAUAAAAUGAAACCAAGUGAGCAAAUCGCCACGGGCGGAUCUCAUAGCAUCUGUUUGCUCUGGCGUCUAAUUCACCACAAUUCCUCUCAUUGUCUGACGGACACUGACUCGCUUUGUGGAAGGAAUUUCUCUUGGUGAGAAUCAAGCGACUGAUUGUAAAAUGCAUGCCAUCCUAAUUCUGCCGUAAAAGUCCAGUCCAGUAAAAAGUCCAGUAUAGAGUGUUUCCACUUGGACCGUCCGUCUUCUCUUUGAUGCAAAAACGGCUCUCCGUCAUCAGAUCAGGACUUCCCCUCUUUUCGGACCCCUCAAAAAUGCUCAAUGUGGAAAAAGAGAG